UUUUUUUUUUUUUCUAAAAACGCAACGUUUUUUACCAGGUUUUAAACAGUUUGUUCGGGGUUUUUUCACCCAACCCAAUCAACUCAGAUCCAUUAGCAGCUCUUCUAGAAUAUUCCACUCCCUGAACCCUCCAGAACCCUCCUUUUCUUCCCCUUUCCUUUAUCUCCUCCACCACCAACCAAUCGCCGCCACCUCUAAUCUAAUCUCCAAAUCUCACAUCAUCUAACCCUAAUUCACACCCACAACAAUGGCGAAAUACGGCGAAGGAGACAAGCGUUGGAUCGUCGAAGACAGACCCGACGGAGCCAACGUCCACAACUGGCACUGGGCCGAGACCGACUGCCUCGAAUGGUCGAAAAAUCUGCUCACCAAACUCAUCGCCAACCAAACAAUACUCGCCGGAGAAGGUAACCUCUUCAUCAAAACGACGUCGCUUGAGAAAGUUGAAGGAGAAGCCUACGUCAACGUCCGUAAGGGGAAAAUCAUACCCGGGUACGAAUUAAACGUUUCCAUCAAUUGGAAAGGUGAAGCUAAAGAUCCCGACGGUAAAUCGUUGCUAAUUGUUGAUGGGGUUGUUGAGAUUCCGUACAUCUCCGACGAGAACGCCGAUGAGGAUCCGGAUCUUCGGGUUAUUGUUAAAGAUGAGGGUCCGAUUGGAAAGAGGUUAAAGGAUGCGUUUUUCGCUAAGGGGAAGGAGUUUGUGUUGAAGCAGAUUAGGGUUUAUGUUGAUGCUAUGGCCAAAGGUGGGCCUGCUAAAGAUGAGUUGGAGGUUAAGAAGGUGAACUCGAAGGCGGGUUCGGCUGCGCAACAGGUGGCGCAAGCGAAGGAUGCGCCACCGGUUGCGAAACCGAAGGUGGAGGAGAAGAAGGAGAAGAGGAAGGAGGGGUUUAAGACGAUUAAGAUGACGGAGAAGUUUAGUUGUAGGGCGGUUAAUAUGUAUGAGAUAUUGAUGGAUGAGAAUAGGUGGAAGGGGUUUACGCAGAGUAAUGCGAAGAUUAGUAAGGAAGUUGGUGGGGAGAUUAGUAUUUUCGAUGGGUCGGUUACUGGGACGAAUGUGGAGUUGCAGGAGGGGAAGUUGAUUGUUCAGAAAUGGAGGUUUGGGAGCUGGCCUGAUGGCAUUUAUUCGACGGUGCGGUUGGUUUUAGAAGAGCCAGAACCUGGAGUUACAGUUGUGAAGUUGACACAGACUGAUGUUCCAGAGGAAGACAGGUAUGGAAAUUCAACUGUGGUGGAGAACACGGAAAGAGGAUGGCGGGAUCUAAUCUUUCACAAGAUUAGGGCAGUUUUUGGGUUUGGUGUUUGAAUGAAUCUAUUUCUUGCUAAACUGUAAAAGUACGGAACUAAUAAUUUGGUUAUUGUGUUUGGUUGAACACCCUGAAUUUUUCUGGGUUUGGUCAUCCAUGUUUCUAUAUGUUUAUGAUAUUCAUUCUGGUUUGAACUUUAUAGACUUGAUUUUGUUGAGUUGAAUCUUCAAAUGUAUGAUGAUCUUGUUUGUCUUUGUUUCA